AUGAGUAGAGGUCGAGGAUGCGGAAGUGGGCGUGGUAGAGGACGCGGUAGAGGUAGAGGAGGUGGUCGCGGCAGGGGUCAUGGCCCUCCUGGAAUAGGUCGAGGUCAGGAUGAUGAAGGACAACACCGUCAGAAGUUCGACAUUAAAAAGGUCAGGUGUUACAAUUGCAAUGCAUAUGGUCAUUUUCAAUCUGAUUGCAAAGCUGAAAGAAAGGAGAAAAAUGAGGCACAUUUAGUGAAGCAAUUCGAAGAGGAGUCGACGUUGUUGAUGCUAGAAACCAGUGAGCUGAUUCACAUUGGUGAAGAGAAAGGAAAAGUGCUAAUGCUGAAUGAAGAACAGAUGCAUGACUUUGAAGGUGUAGAAACAAAAGGAACCAUGUGGUACUAUGAUACGGGGGCAAGCAACCAUAUGACUGGCAACAAGUAG